GUUGUUUGACUAUCUGCCGUUGGCAACACUGUGAUUGCCAAACCGUAAACGCAAGUGUUUUUUGUGUGUUUCACAACGCCGGUGUUUGGCUCAACUCUUUUGUUUAGAGUACGAAAUAUGGCAGACAAGAAAAAAGAUGGUGAGCCUGAGGGAGAAGAAGAAUUCUCAGUAGAAAAAGUGCUUGAUCGUCGUGUACGAAAUGGCAAGGUAGAAUAUUAUCUCAAAUGGAAGGGAUACAGUGAUGAGGACAAUACCUGGGAACCUGAAGAGAAUCUUGACUGCCCUGAUCUAAUAUCUGCCUUUGAAGAGGCAAGGAAAAAGAAAGAAGCAGAGGGCAAAAGUGUGAAAGUUGAUAAGGAUGUUAAAAAGCGCAAGUCUGCUGUUCCAACACCUGACUUAAAAGGUGCCAAAAAAGCAAAGAGUGAUGACAAAAAAGCAUCAGGGUUUGACCGUGGGCUUGAGCCUGAAAAGAUAAUAGGUGCUACAGACAGUAGUGGAGAACUUAUGUUUUUGAUGAAGUGGCAGGGUACAGAUGAAGCUGACCUGGUCCCAGCAAAACAAGCGAAUGUACGAUGCCCACAGGUUGUCAUUCAGUUCUAUGAAGAAAGGCUCACGUGGCACACACCUGCACCAGAUGAGACUGGCACUGAUGACUAAGGACUGGUCAACAAUGUGAUAAUUUUUCUCGACAUUAAAACUAAAUGAUAAGAAAUUGGAAUUCAUUUUCCUAAUAACUUUACAGAUUGCUUCUGUAUAUCUUAAGAGAUAUGGAUUACUAAAAAUUGACUCUCAAAUAUUGACAGAUCAUUAGGACUCUUCAUUUUAUACUUAAACAUUGAUGAUUCAUCAUCAUUGUUAGCAUUUAGAUUUAUUUAGAAAAUACCUACAUAAGUUAAUUCCAUUUUUUUAUGUUUAUAAGUAAAAUAAUUAGAAUAAGCUAGUUUUAAAGUUGCCGGUUUCCUCAACCGCCAAUCGCAACGCGUUGGACUUUUUCACUCCCUCCCUCUUCCUGUGCCCAGCGAUGAUUCUUGCUCAUAAAUCGCCAUAGAAUUGCGACAGCAACUAUGAAGUUUAACAGGAAACUUGAAAAGUUAAUAAUUGCCUAAACUAAAGUUCCGCAGUGUGCAAAGCGCCUUAGGCGCUAAUCGAGUGUUAUUGUAUUAAAAAUAGUUACGAUACAUGAAUGGAUACAACCUUGUAUGAAAUUUGCGAUUUCUAUAAUAAAAAUACAAAAAAAGAGAA